UGAAUUAUUGAACUAAGAUGUGUUCCAGUUACAGGACCAGAGGAGGUAAACAAUGGUGUUCUUAUCUUCCUUUUGGUGCUCUGCACAAUCAGUGAUUGCCCGUGUGGCUAUCAUUAUUGUGCUAUUUCAGCAAACACACGGUGCUCAGGAUCAUCCAUUCUGUGCUCCUUCUUCGUGUGGAAAAAUUCGCAACAUAACAUAUCCUUUCCGACUCAAAGGCGAUUCACCUGGUUGCGGCCUUGCAAGGUACGAAUUAGAUUGCGUGAAGAAUGUGACAGUGUUCACCUUGUUUUCAGGGAAAUACCAUGUGCAGAAUAUCGAUUACGAGACAUACAAAAUCCAAUUAACUGAUGCAGGUGUUGUGGAGGACACUGUUUGCUCCAUUCCUCGCUAUUUCUUGUUUUCAAAGAGCUUCACUUACAUUGGGGGUCCUGACAAUUACGCCACUGAUCCACUAACUUUCUGGAAUGGGGAUGGGGUUUCUAGUUUUCCUCCGUAUGUAGCGUUUCUAAACUGCUCUGAUCCAGUGACUGAUGAUACUCGAUACGUGGAAGUGAAUGGCACGCUUUGUGAUUCUGGAGGCCAUGUCUAUGCUGUUCUUUAUUCCAACCAUGGUGAAUUCAAAACGAUGGACAUCAAGGUUGGGUGCCGUUUAAUGGUUGCUACUUUUGCAAAUUGGAACAAUGGCAACAACGUUUCCGUUUCCUAUGUUGAUAUCCACGAGUGGCUGCAUAAUGGGUUUUGGUUGUCUUGGGCACUAGUUAAGUGUAUAGAUCAAUGUGGAAAGGGUGUGGGAUGCUUCAUCAAUCAAACUACACAUAGAAUCGGAUGUUAUCAGAACUACUGCCAUGUUAUGCAGUUUGACUUUGGAAAAGGAAAGUGCGGCAUUCAGCACCGGAUUUUUGGAUACGUAGUUGGAAUUCCUAUCUAUACAGCACGUUUUCUUGAAUUCGCCAUAAUGGGACUAAUCUAUAGAAUAACACGUUUACAUGUCUUUUCAAAAUGGCAAGUGGAUGGAGAUCUCAUUUUAGUAGCCCCUAUUCCAAUAUUUGUGGUAGCCAGGUUUCUAUUUGGAGUUGCCCUUUUGCUUGGAUUAUUUAUCCAAAUGUGGCGACGUAGGCAUUGCUCAAUGUAUGAGAACAUUGAAACGUUUUUGCUACAAAACAAUCUAAAUCCUAUUAGGUACGGAUAUAGAGAAAUUAAGAAGAUGAGCAGAGAUUUCAAAGUUAAAUUGGGUGAAGGAGGUUUCGGAUCUGUAUACAAAGGAAAACUUCAAAAUGGGCCAGAAAUAGCCAUAAAGAUGUUGAAAAAAUCAAAAGCUGAUGGAGAAGAGUUUAUUAAUGAAGUGGCUAGUAUUGGAAGAAUACAUCAUGUAAAUGUGGUACAUCUUAUUGGAUAUUGUGCUGAAGGAGAAAACCGUGCCUUGGUUUAUGAAUACAUGAGAAAUGGUUCAUUGGAUAAAUACAUCUUCUCCAAGGAUGAAAGUAUCCCUUUAAGUUACGAGAAAACAUACGAAAUAUCUCUUGGCAUAGCUCGUGGGAUUGCUUAUCUUCAUCAAGGGUGUGAUGUGCAAAUUCUACAUUUUGAUAUUAAGCCUCAUAAUAUUCUUCUAGAUGAUAACUUCGUUCCAAAGGUUUCAGAUUUCGGACUUGCAAAGUUGUAUCGUGUCAAAGAUACGUCUAUUGCUUUAACUAAAGCUAGAGGAACUUUGGGUUACAUGGCUCCAGAACUAUUCUACAAUAAUAUUGGUGGAGUAUCAAAUAAGGCCGAUGUCUAUAGUUUUGGAAUGCUUUUGAUGGAAAUGGUAAGUAGGAGAAGGAACUCAAAUCCUCAUGCAGAACAUUCAAGCAAACAAUACUUCCCCUUUUGGGUCUAUGAUCAAAUUAAAGAUGAAAAAGAUACUCAAAUAGAAGAUGCCUCAGAAGAGGAUAAGAUUUUGGUGAAAAAAAUGUAUGUAGUUGCUCUCUGGUGUAUACAAUUGAAACCAAAUGACCGUCCUUCAAUUAAAAGAGUUGUGGAUAUGUUGGAAGAAAGAGCUGAAAGUCUUGAAAUGCCUCCUAAGCCUGUUUAUUAUCCCCAUGAAACAAUUGGACAUGAUGGUGGAGAGAAUUCAAACCAAACAUCAUCGAGUGGUUCAACCAGUUCUAGCAAAAGUCUUGGCGCAACCAACACUAAUCAUCCAUGGCAGAGCAAUGCUUAACAGACGAAGGUUAACAUUUCACAUUAAGUAUGCAGAGGAUCGCAAGAAAAUUGCUUAGAAAGGUUUCUAAUUUGAAAGUGGUUGCAAUUAUAUUUGUUAUUGCCUGGUAUAUAUACAUCAUAGUCAGAUAAAGGAAGUUUUAUUGGAUUGGAGAUAAAAUCAUGCUUAUUAUUACCAAAUUUAUCUUUGCAUACAAGUGUUUGGUUUUGGCAUUCUGUGCAGGAAAAGGUUUAGAACUCUUGGGUUCAGGUUUA